UGCAAACAAUAUUACCAUCAGCAGAUUCUUCUUCAUUCCUAGAUGGAUUCUGUUCUGGUAAUUAAGUUUUUAUUGUUGGGUCUAAUCCAUAUGCUUUUCAUCCAUGGAAACAGGUGCUGCUUUGAAGAGGAGAAGGCGGCUCUUCUGGAAUUCAAGACCUUUGUCAAAUCAGAUGGCUACGAUGCAGACCAACUUCUUCCUUCAUGGGUUGAUGACCCUGAGCAUAAGAGUUGUUGUAAAUGGGAGAGGGUCGGUUGCGAUUCCACCACAGGCCAUGUGAUCAAGCUCAACCUCAGCAAUACCAGGCAGUUUGAUGUACCCCCGCCAGAUGCCGCAUAUGACCCCUCAGAUAGCUUGUAUGACCCCAAAAACAGUUGGCAUUUAAACCUCUCGUUGUUUCAAACAUUUAAGGAGUUAAGGAGUCUGAAUUUAUCCUUCAAUGUAAUUUCUAGGAUACAGAACAAAGGUAAGCUUGUUAUGUAAUUUUUCCCUUUAAUUUGCAAUAAUCUAACUGUAGUAACUACUAGCUAGAUUGAGUCACUUUAAGAACUCCCCAAACAAUACAAGCUCUUUAGAAUUUGAUUUUGUCUCUUUUGCUAAUAAGAAAAAAAUGUUUAC